AUGGAAGAACAUGAUUCUAUAUUUGGAGAACUACCAAGCUGCUCACAGUACAGAAUCUUUAUCAAUAACUGGAGAGGUAAUAAAACUAAAAGAAGGACUCAGUCAUUAGCUGAAAUGAUGAGAACUAUAGAGAAGAAAGAUGAUGAAAUUUAUCAUGAAAGAGAUGAACAGCAAUUAUUACAUUCUCAAAUGGAUCUGGUCACACAUAUUUACAACGGUCAGUUGAGGCGAGUUCAGGAUCUAGAACAAGAUAAUAAUUUCUUGAGAGACAAUAUUCACCAGCUAGAAAUCGAAGUGGAACAAAAGUCAGAAGAUAAUAAUCGAAUAAGGGACAUAACUGAAGUACAGGGUAGACAUGUGUACCAGUUAAGGAGGACAAUAACACAGAAGGAUAGACAGAUAUGUGAUCAGUGUAGUCAGUUGAGGGAUUUAGAGGAUACAAAGGGAGAGUAUGGGUCGGUAAUUAAGAGACAGAAGAUGAUGAUUAAAGAGAAAAAAGAUGAAGUGAAGGCACAAAGUGAUACAAUUAAUGAACAGAGUGCUACAAUUAAUGAAAUAAAUGUGAAAAAUGAAGAACAACGUGCUACAAUUAAUGAAAUAAAUGUGAAAAAUGAAGAACAAAGUGCUACAAUUAAUGAAAUAAAUGUGAAAAAUGAAGGACUGAAUGUGAAAAAUGAAGAACUGAAUGUGAAAAAUGAAAAACUGAAUGUGAAAAAUGAAGAACUGAAUGUGAGAAAUGAAGAACUGAAUGUGAGAAAUGACGAACAAAGUGCUACAAUUAAUGAACAAAGUGCUACAAUUAAUGAUCUCAUUGAGCAAAACCAUGACAAAUGUAAAACCAUAAUUGAAAUUAGUGAACAAAAGGACAAAACAAUAGACAAUCUGAAAAGUAAAAUUGAUAUGGAAGUUCAUGUUGGUCAGACCAAAGAACAGAUUAUAGCAGAACAAAGUCAGCUGAUUGAAGAACAGAAUGCAAAACUUGAAGAACAGAAGUCAAUUAUCGAGGAACAGAAGGAAAGUUUAAGGAAGUCCAAGAAGGAUGAUGAAGAUUUAAGAAGACAGAUGGUAGAACAAGACAGAAUAAACCUGGAUCUGUAUGAUCAGUUAAAGGAUGUUAAAAUAUUGUGCAAUAAACUGAUGAUGAAAAUACAAGCCAAAUCACAGAGUCAUUAG